GUAUUUUCAACGCAUUACACCUGUACAAUGUACUUCCUGCUCACGUAACUUCUACCAUGCAAAGCCUCAAAUCUUCCUGCUACAUGUACCGUACAUAGCAAACUUUUUGUAUAUGUACUUGCAAACCGCAUUUCACUUGCAUUUAAUUUCACCUAUGUAUUUGCUGACAGAAAAAAGUGAUCAUCUUUGAAGUACCGGUAGCAUAUGUACGUAUACACAUGUAUGGUCUUCAAACUCUGCUCUGUCUUCAAAAGCAAUUCAAGUAAACAGGUACAACAUGAAAUGAUUCAUAGAGAUGAUGGCAUCAGUCAAGCGACAAGGUGGAAUGAGGAGGCAGGGUGAAGGUGUUAUUCGGUCUGCCACUUGGGGACCAGGUUCAACAUCUGCUCCAAAGUCACCUGUUUCUCCUCCGAUUGGAGCAGUCAACACCAAAGCUCCUAACUGUCCCGUCUUUCUGGGAGAUGUUUCACACAGCACAUUUGUUUUCAUAAACAACGGGACUGUGCCAAAUAAAGGCAUGGCAGAUCAGCACCAAUCAGCACAGACUGCUGUCACCACCAACAAAGUGAUGAUGAAAUGGGAGGGGAAAGUAAGAGAAUCAAGCUUUGGGGAACAAAUGAAAAAAUUGGCACUUGUGGAUGACAUUGCAGCUUUUUCUGACAAUGAAAUAGUUGCAUUAGAUAGAAGGCAUACACAGUUGAUAACUUUCUAUCAGGACAGCAAACAGGAGGUCUUUUCGCAAGAAAUGCCUCUCACCCUUACGAACCCGUCUCACAUUUGCGUGAGUAAAGAUGACCAUAUUAUUGUUCUGGAUGUUCAAAAAGUCAAAUUCUUCCGUAGGGGAUAUCCGUACCUCUUGCGUCACUUUGAACCAGGACGAAAUUUGGGCAAUCCAUCAUGCCUUGCGUCGGAUGACAAGAAUAGGAUAGCAGUGGGCUACGAAGACACUAACAAGAUAUCUCUACACAGCUCCGAUGAUGGAAGCUUGAUCAAAGAGCUGUCUGCCCCAAAGAUCGGUGAACAACUGACCGCCCACGAGAACCACUUCAUCUACAUCACCAAGGACAAGAGAAAGCUACUUGCAGUUGACAUUGAUGGCAACUUUGUUUUCUCUGCAGUUAUACACUCAAGCGUUCCCGAGAGCAAAGCCCAUGGCUUGUGCUGUGACAGCCAUGGCAACAUCUAUGUCACUGUACAUGCUGGUCAGCUGUUGGAGGGUGAUAUACAGUAUUUUAGCCCAGAUGGCAGGUACAAGGGACAUGUGGAAAGAAUCGCAUUCACACCAGCUGGAAUCACUUUCACACCAGCUGGUGCCCUGGCACUGGCUGCAGAGGGAACUGUCAAGAUCUUCCCUAGCUGGCCUGAAAUUCUCAGUCACUCUACCUUACGUCGCAAUGAACGAAAAUAAAGUCAAUUAAAAAUCAUGGCGGAACAAUAGCACAACAUCCAAGGGGGUAAGAGGUUAUUUAACCCCCUCCUCCUGUAUUUUGUAACAAGUACAUGUACCCUUUUUCCUCAUACACGUCAGUGUACUUCACUCAUGUUACAUUUGGUGGUCGUGAACAACGCUGCCUUAAAUUCCUGUAGAAGUUGCUUUGAACAGUGCCAGCGCAACCGCCACUAAAAGCUGGUGUCAGGACCCUGAGUGCCUUUCAGCACAGAUACUGAGAAGUUUUUGCAAAUUCACCUCCCAAUCAAAAUGACAUUGCUAUACCACUGCAAAAUCAGACUGUAUCGUGCAAAAAUUGAAGACGAAUUUUAAACAUGAAUGUACCAUCUGUCAAACAAGCUGGUAGAAAUAUGUCAGAGAAGAAUAAUUAAACAAAAUAUGAGCUUUCACUGCUCAGGAAUGUUCUCAAAUCGUUGUACCCAAUUGUUGAGACUGAAUUUGUCCAAUACCUGUAAUAUCAACUAUUAAUAUUUACUCUCAAUUACAUUUA